UGUAGGCGAGAUCUAUGCAUAGAUGAAAGCCGAGAAGCGUUUGAUGGGAACACGUGCCCGUUAUCCCAGAGUGUGUGGAGCGAGAGAGAUCCCGGUCCCACGAGGCCAAGUUUCCCAAGUUUGACGUCUACCGGAGGAGACUUGAAGGACGCCAACCCUUUUUUUGAGCCCUUUGACCUUCAUCGAUUCGUCGUUGUCUUCUGCACCCCGCUGUUCCUCUGUUCAGAGAUCGGAUGAACCUCCGCGGCGAUGAUGUUGUGACUGACAGGGUAUCGAUCUCCGCGGGAGAGGCAGAGAGAGUCCUGACCUUCGGUGCUGCUCCCGGAGUGGAUGAGACCCAAGAGGUGCGGAAUCGCCUCGUAGUGAUGGCGGAGACGUGAGGAUCGCGAGACGGAAGAUGUCCGGGCUCUGGUGGCUUUUCAACGUCCUCGCCCACUUGGCUUGGCUGUGUUCUGGUCUCGUCCAGGUCUGGGACAUUCCUGGGGAUUAUUGUCGAACCCGUUCCGGAGGUUGUUGCCCGGGAAGGAUCGACCAAUGUUCGGUGCCGAUCUUACGCACUCUCUGCUAUUGUGAUGCCUUCUGCGAUCGCAGGGAGAACCCGGACUGUUGUCCAGAUUACCACGAGUUCUGCUUAGGGAUCUCAAAGCCUGCCACGUCUCCUGAACCUCUUCAAAUUACUGGCGGAAGUUUGAAGACGAUAUCUAUUGUUUGCAGCAAAUGCGUUGCAAUACCAGGGGAUCCCCGUCGAACGGAGCUCAUAUGCGAACAAGAGGCAUGCCUCAUUCAGCCGGAUUUGAUAGAACAGGUCAAUCGGUUGGAGCUGGGUUGGAAGGCAAGCAAUUACUCCGAUUUCUGGUCCAAGACUCUUCAAGAAGGUCUGUCGCUCAAAUUGGGCACUCUGGAACCAGAAAGAACGGUUCGGAACAUGUUCCCCAUCCUCAAGAUAUACGAGCGGUCGAGCAUCCCCAGAAGCUUCGACAGCAGGCAGAAGUGGGGAGAAUGGAUCCAGCCCGUGAGAGAUCAAGGGUGGUGCGGGGCAUCGUGGGCAUUCUCUACGACAGCCGUCGCCUCCGAUCGAAGAGCCAUUCAAUCCAACGGCAGAUUUCAGGAUGUCCUCUCGGUUCAGCAUCUCGUCGAUUGCACGCCCAGGAAGAAGGAGGGCUGCAAGGGCUACUACCUGGACAGGGCCUGGAACUACAUGAGGAAAGCCGGGUUGACUACGGAGGCGUGCUACCCGUACACAAGUGGUUUGGGUGGUGAAAUCGGGACGUGUAAGAUCCCAAAAAGUUUCUGGAAAAAUGGCAUCAUCCAGUCUUCCGUUCCUCCGUGUGCAAAUCAACUGGCUCGAUCGCAGCCUCCAUAUAAGAUCAAGAACGUGGAAUACGACAUCAUGCACGAGAUCAUGACCAAUGGCCCCGUUCAAGGCGAGUCUCCCAUAAUGAAGAUCUACAGCGAUUUCUUCAUGUACCGAGGAGGAAUUUAUUCUGCGACUCGACUUCGGCCUUCUCAACCCACGGGAUUCCAUGCAGUCCGCAUCGUUGGUUGGGGAGAGGACUACGUCAACGGGAGCCCUAAAAAAUAUUGGCUGGUGGCGAACUCAUGGGGUCCGGAAUGGGGGGAGAACGGGUUCUUUCGGAUCACGCGGGGAGUGAACGAAUGUGACAUCGAGAUGUUCGUCAUCGGAGCUUGGUCCGAUCUGAGAAAACGGAACAAGGGCUCAUCCAGGCGAAGGCGACAUAAGAAUCUCGUCUAUUAAGUUCCAGAUACCCGAAAUGAUUCCCCCCCCCCCCUCCCCCCGUUCUCCAUGACCCAAAAUAGUGACUCAGAAGUCAGAAUCUUUGUUGACGUCAUGUCCACGUGCAGGUUAUGACGAGGCACAUUCAUCAAGUAUGCCAGGCUACUUCACGGCACACGGGGCGUAGGCAUAUAUGACGACAUUCUAGAGGAAUUCUCUUCAAGCCGAUCCCUUCGUCCAUUGCACAUCCUUCAUAGCGGAAGAGACAACCAUGUAAAUUAAGGGAAAAUUUCUCCUCUCCUCACCAUCCGAGUGAGGAAAAAAAUCUCGACUGACUAUCUUCUUUCCGUGGAUUCCUGGACUCCAAGGUCAUUCAUAUUCGUGAAAAGGCUUCUUUGCUUUCAACGCCUACUUAAAAAAAGAGAUAAUGAGAUGUUAGUUCCCUUCGCUAUAACGAAGCCUAUAACGCAGUGCUGGCUCACUCCUACGGAGUCGUAUUUAUGAAUAGAGAUUCCAUGAACAUACUCAUACUUCCCCCAGCCACCACGCCUAGGUGAACUCUUUCAUAUAACAGCAAUAUUGUAUCGGUGGAAUGGUCUCGUCUGUGUGCUUCGCAAGUAUGUUAUACAAUUUGAAACACUGUGGAAGCGUUGCCGACGUGACGCUUCAUUUCAUGGUGAGAAUCCGUUAGCCACGUUCGAGUGUAUGCAUUUAUGAACAAGCUUUAUGGACUAUAGAGGUGACUGAGAUGUGAAUUUUUUAGUACCUUAACCCUCUUUAGUCGCUCCUAACAUCAGGAGUGCGUUUGUUUCAAUUCUGUGCAUAAGAAUACUGUACUACUGUAUCCUCUUGAAUGUGCGUAAAUUUUUCUUCUCCGUAGCUGAGAGGUUUUUGGUAUGGUAUGAAUGCACCUCGAAAAAAGAAGUUUUAAUACGUGAAAAGUGACUUGAGGUCAAUUAGUCUACAUACUGGAUCGAUCUAUUCACCGAUCACCACUUGUAAUCUUCCAUUAUGGACCUUACUUCAUCACUCGUCCACCCUCUCCCCCUACUUCGAAUAGCAGUCAAGCGGUGCCUAGCAACUGUGAAGCUUGUCCCCAAACGUCUUCCAAUGAGACAGUUCAGUAGGAAGUGGCGUCAAUGUAGUGCUCACAAUAUCUUGAAUAGAGGAAGAUGAAGCCAAGGUCAGCUUUUGGAGGAUGCCACAUGACGAUAUGUUCAUCCUUCCCUCCUAUCAGGCCAAGGAACGACGUGUCCGUGUCUGUUUCCAAUGGAAAAGAAUGACUCCUGCAGGAUAAGAAUAAGGACAUCCUUGUUCCAGGAAUUACUUGGGUUGAACUUGACGAAUUAACAGCAUAUAUACCUCCUGGUUCAGUGAUGCCAUCUACCGUGAAACAGUGCCAUCUCCAGAUAGCAUAUUCCUUCCUCACUCCUCGCUCUCCGAAUCCAAGCAAUCCUUGUUCCUGCUACUGCGGUUCCGAUGGAUCUUCAUUUUGUCUUCCCAUCAUCCUAUAUGCAAUAUUGCUGUAUUUUUAUUUUUUAGUGUCGUAGGCCUU